AUGAAUAUCCACAAACUGUGGGAGUACAAGGAAUACGUCAACGUAAACGGAAUGAUGCUGAGCAGUGAGCUGAUAUCGCUCCUGCACAACUCUCUGACUAUGCUGCAGGUGGAGAACCACUUCCUGCACGUCCAGUACUGGGGCCAGCUGUACGCGCUGGACGCGGACUACCACAUCGCGGUCGGCAUAAACAGGGACGCGCUCACGGACAGGAAGUACUACUACACCACCGACUUCAAAUUCUGGGGCUUGCUGCCCAAAUCGAAGAAGAAGUACAAACAUCUCGCUUUAUUAACCACAUAUCCGUUCAGCGGUGACCCGUCACUGAAGAUCAAAGUUUUAGAUGAAGCCUUAGACGAAAAUAACCCAGACAGAUGUCCGGUCAUGAAAGAGGAGAGUCGUCUCGCUGCAACUAUUAGCAACAUUUGCGACGAAGCAGGAAUAUGCGCUCGAGGACAAAUCCUAAAACAACCAGAUGGGACGAUUGUCAUAAACCCCAACUACUACGGACUGACGGGCUCCGAGGCGAAGCUCCUCAAGUCCUAUCUCCAUAUACGGACUCCACAGCAUCGCUGGAAUACCAAUCUUCUAACCAGACAGGACUACAACUACAGCAUGGAUUUCUUGGACUCGAUCGACCAAGACAUACCGAGCGGCUGUUGGAACCUGUCUCUCGAGCAGAACGGCAGUGUUGUGUAUUUGAAGAGUCUAUAUUGGCCCGGCAUGAUGUAUUUCCAUAAAGUGAGAACACCGGAGGCUGGUUUUUUAUACGUUGGUAACGGUAGAAAAAAUUUGGAUGUGCCUUUUCUACUUUGA